AUGCCAAAGGUAAAAAAGUUUGAUAAAAAGAAAUAUAACGAGAGAUUCAGGUGCCUGUUAAUCUGAAUGCGGGUAUUCCAAUGAAUUCUAGUCCCUGUCCAACUCCAGUCGCAGAGGCCACGCCUCCAAAGCGGAAAAGGCAAAGAAGGUAAAAUUCUUGGCAAUUUUGUCAAAAAAAAGUCAUAGAUUAUUUGAAAACUUUUUCUUUUCGCGUUUUAAUUUGCUCAACCCAAGAGGUCAUUUUUUUUUUGUAGAAUUUUUAAUUUUCUCUAAAUCUCACCAAAUACUCUAUGAAGGUGUAUAGCGGCCAGCUGCGUAAAAAUUUCGUUUUUGAGCUGCGAAAUGGUAAUUUUAGGUCUAAUUAUGUAUUAAAAUUGAAUUUUUAAAAUUCAUAUCUUGAAAUUUUGAAGUUUUGAAGUUUGUGCAGGUAGAGCCUAUAUAGUUUAUUUUUUAUACCUUCAAAGAUUAUUUGAGCAAAUUUGGAAGAAAGUUCCUAGCUUCACGAUACAAUGUCCACACUUGUAAGACUAUUUCUGUAAAAAAAAAGCUUCAAAACUUUCCGAGUUGCGACUUUUAAAGCCGAAAUUCUUCCAACUGCAGUUUUCAAGGUUUAUGCUUCAAAUUCUAGAAAUCCGGUUUGGCCAUAUUUUGACGUAAUCGAUGGAACGGCCCGGUGUAAACAGUGCCUGUACAGCACGAAAAGCGUGUUCAGUACCAAUUUGAAGGUCCAUCUUCGGUCACAUCAUCGAGCCGACUACGAGAAGGUCUGUUGUCCAACUUCAUUUGGUGGAAAAAGUUCUCAUUGAUCUUGCAUUUCACUUGCAUUUGAAUACAUUUUCGUAUUACAAAAAAAGUUUUUUUUGUUUGAGUUCAAAUUUUGUUUUAAUGAUACUCAUAAGAUGAAAAACUGACGCCAAAAACUAUUCAGGUAAUCCAAGCAGAAGACGCGCUCAACCUGAACGCCUUGCUGCUCAGUGGAAACACGAGCAAACUCCUGAACCCCGACUCAAAUCGGAAAAGAAUGCCGCCGAUGACCAGCAGCAUCCUCAUGACCAUCAACAAACGUGAGUUUCCAAGUUUACAACUUAUCGGAAGAAACGAUUUCAGUGGCCAAUCAGCAGCAGAACGGCGAAGAGAACCCGCUGAACAACGUUUUGCGACAGACUUUGGCGGCGACCGGCCUCCAGCAACACUUCCAACAAGUUCAGUCCCAGCUCCAAGCUCAGCAGCAACAGCAGCAACAACAGCAGCAGCAUCAAGCGCAGCAGGUGCAGCAGAAGCAAAUGCCGCAGUUCGCUCUGAACGCUGCCAACUUGGCGGCUCUGAAUCAGCUCGCGCGGAAUCACAUCGCCAACCAACAACAUCGUCAGUUUCUCAUUUACUUUCUCAUUAUAGGCUUAGAUAAAGUAAACGAAUAUCAACACCAAACAAGUCCUGUUUCUUGUGAAAACUCGAAGUAAACAAUUUACUUUCAAAUGGAAAGUCGAAAGCCUUUCAUAACCUUCUUUUUUCAGCGAUCAGUCCAGAGCAGCUGAUGAACCAUCUCAACUUCCAAAAUCUCAACAAGCCGGUCGAUGUGAUGAGUGCGCCCCACGGCACAGACGCCAACGGAGUUCCGCAGCCGAAGCGACGGCGGUUAAGGCGCCAUCCAGUUUGGAUGUUCUUCCGAGACCUCGAAGAUCGAGUAACUGAAUCCCCAAAAAUAUUAUCAAUAUCGAUUUUCCUGCAGAUGGUUGGCUGCAUCAACUGCGAGUUCCGCACUGGAUCCGCCUUCUCGACCAAUCUCAAGAUGCAUCUGAAGGCUCACCACAAGGAGGACUACGAAAGAGUAACACUUCAACUGAAAUCCCCUUCUUCAAGCUCAUCUUCAGGUUCUUCAAUUGGAAGAAGAGAUGAGGAUAGAGGAGGGCUGUCUGGGUCCGGCCAACAAGAUCAAGUCCGAACUCAUCGACUUCAUCCGACACGGCGGCAACGCCAGCACUCCCUCAACGCCGACUGGAGGUCCAACUACUCCGAAGGCGUCUCCUCUGGUCCAGCAGAUCAUCAGUCAGACGAUGGGAGCUCGAGUACAGCCAGGACUCGCCAAGAAAGAAUGGUGGGUUUUCGAAGGAGUGAAUAAAGCGGUGUGCGUGUUUUCUACUGAUUUUUCUCAUUUAAUGCAUUUUUUCCGCAAAAAAAGGUAACUUUUGGGAAAGGAAAAGCUGUAAGAAUCUAGAACUCAUUUCACCUGAACUUUUUUUUGCAACGCCGACAAACAAAAAUCCAGUCUCUAUCCAUCCCCGUAUUUCAAACAAUCAGGAGCUCAAUCUCUUUCUUUAGCUCGGAUGAAGACGUCUUCAGUGGAAUGUCGAUGUCGGACAAGCUCGCCGCCUUGGUCGGUCUGGUGCCGCCCGCCGGCAGCGUCGAAGGCGAAAUCCGCGACGUCAAGCCCAUUGUCAAAGAGGAAGCUCCAGUCUUACCCGUACGCGCCUCAUCUGAAUCCAACAACGUCAUCAACCCUCUGCAGACGACGUUCGAAGAGAUGCGCCGCGCCGCCGAGCGGUUCAUGGCGACGAGCAUGGGUCUGGCGCCACCUCCGCAGCAGACGACGAUCGUUGACCUCAACGGCUCGAUUCUCUCAUCAGAAUCCAAGUCGACCUGCUCGGCACCUUCCGACGCCUCCGAAGACCGCAAGAGCGAACGCGACAAGGCUCUUGCGCGUCUUUGGGCCGACAGUGAGGAACUCGUGUCCAACGACAACUUCCGAGUAAGACCUCAAAUACGAAAUCAUUCCUAAUAACGGCAUUUUCUAGGAAUUCGUCCACAGCCUCGCGCCAGACUACGAAAUCCCGGAGAUCGAGCACCUCGCCCAGCUCGCCGAGCAGUUUUGA